AUGUAUCAAAGAUUGGUGGAUCAUGUAUUCGCCGAACAAAAAGGUCGCAACAUGGAGGUUUAUGUUGAUGAUUCCAUCGUCAAAAGCAAAGAGGCUAAAGACCAUGUCGCGGACCUAGCCGAAACUUUCGCCACUCUGAGAAAGCAUCAAAUGAAGCUGAAUCCAAAGAAAUGUGUCUUCGGAGUGAAGUCGGGAAAAUUCCUCGGCUUCAUGGUCAGCAAAAGGGGGAUUGAUGUCAAUCCUGCUAAAGUUCAUCUCAAGGGCCUAGGAAAAAGGUUUUCCCUUCUUCAAGGCACUCAAACUUCCAAAUCAAAAGAGCUCAUAUGGGAAGAAGAGCAGAAAAUAGCCUUUCAGCAACUCCGAGAGCACUUAGCUCAUCUCCCAUCGCUAGCAAGACCAGCCGAAGGAGAAACAUUAUACUUGUAUGUGGCGGUUAGUCUAGCCAACAUCAGUAUGGUUUUGCUGAGAGAAGAAGAAAAAAUCCAACAGCCAAUCUACUUUGUCAGUCACACUCUAACAGAUUCCGAGACGCGCUAUCCCUUCCUUGAAAAAGUUGCAUACGCAGUGGUGGUAGCAGCUCAGAAGUUAAGGCCCUACUUUGACUCACAUCAGAUAGUGGUCUUGACUGAUCAGCCGUUGGAAAAAGUCAUCGGCAAGGUGGAAAAAUCCGACAGACUGACGAAGUGGGCCUUGGAGCUCACUGAGUUCAGCAUAAGUUACCAGCCGAGGGCAGCCAUCAAGGCCCAAGCCUUGGCAGAUUUCCUAGCCGAGUGCUCCUAUCAAGAGACAGUCGAUGAGGAAAAGAAAAUUUUGAUCGUUUUCACGGAUGGCUCAGCAACCGUGAGUGCUUCCAACAACGAAGCUGAGUACGAGGCAGCAAUUGCUGGCCUGGAAUUGUGCAUAGCAUUGGAAGCCGAACAUGUCUGUUUAAAGACAGACUCUCAGCUCGUCGCAAAUCAGAUCAGAGGCAAAUAUGAGGCCAAAGAGCCCUCAAUGGUCUCUUACCUCGCCAAGAUCAAAGCGGUUGCAGCGAAGUUGAGAACUUUUGAAAUUGAAUUGAUCUCGAAGGGUCAAAACGCUCAAGCCGAUGCACUCUCUAAGCUUGCAAGUUCAUCUCUCACUAAGUUGAACCGGUCCGUGUAUGUGAAAAGAGUUGAAGAUGAAAAGUCCAAGUGGAUAGAGGAACUUCCCGGAACUCUGUGGUCACUUAGGACAAUCGAGAAAGAGGCAACGGGGCAUUCACCUAUUGAAUUGGUGUAUGGAUCCGAAGUUGUUUUACCAGUGGAAAUUGGCUCAGAAAGUCUUCGAGUUAACCAGUUCUCAGCCGAAGAAAAUGAGCAUCUCAUGAAAGAGUCCCUUGAUUUCCUAGACGAAAUCCGAGAUUCGGCUAGAGACAAAAUGGCAGCAUACAAACAAAGAAUCAGCAAGUUCUAUAACCGAAGAGUCCAAGCAAGGCUUCUCAAAAUUGGGGACCUUGUUCUUCGGAAUGCUGCUGCUGUCCAGAAACAUGGGAAGCUUUCGGCUAACUAG